CCCCUCAGCCCGUGACCAAUUAGGGCUGGGAGGCGGGGUCUUGAGUGCCGCGGUGCUCCUUGGGUAGCGUCCCUAGUUACUGUUGCUAAAGCCGCGGGUCGCCAGAGGUGGUGGGAGUUCAGAAGUUUUGGGAGCCGCGGCCUGAGCGAGGUCAAGGGUCAGUGCAGAGCGAGGGAGGAGAUGGUGAGGCAGACGAUCCAGAUAUUCGCGAGGGUGAAGCCCCCUGUCCGGAAGCAGCAACCCGGGAUUUAUUCCAUAGAUGAAGAUGAAAAAGUAACAUCUAGCUUGGAAAUUAUCUUACCACGUGAUUUGGCAGAUGGAUUUGUGAAUAAUAAGCGAGAAAGCUACAGAUUUAAAUUUCAAAGGAUUUUUGAUCAGGAUGCAAACCAAGAGACCAUUUUUGAAAACAUUGCCAAACCAGUUGCUGAAAGUGUCCUGGCAGGUUACAAUGGUACCAUCUUUGCAUAUGGGCAAACCGGCAGUGGUAAGACAUUCACUAUCACAGGUGGGGCCGAGCGUUACAGCGACAGAGGCAUUAUCCCAAGGACAUUGUCGUACAUUUUUGAGCAGUUACAAAAGGACAGCAGCAAAAUAUAUACAACACACAUUUCCUAUUUGGAAAUCUACAACGAAUGUGGUUAUGAUCUAUUGGAUCCAAGACAUGAAGCCUCCAGUUUGGAAGAUUUGCCGAGAGUGACAAUAUUGGAGGACCCUGAACAGAACAUUCACCUAAAAAACCUGUCUCUUCAUCAGGCAACCACGGAGGAAGAAGCUCUAAAUUUGCUAUUUUUAGGAGACACCAACAGAAUGAUUGCAGAGACUCCUAUGAACCAAGCUUCAACCCGUUCCCACUGCAUUUUCACUAUUCAUUUAUCAAGCAAGGAACCAGGAUCUGCAACUGUACGACAUGCCAAACUCCAUUUGGUUGACCUGGCUGGCUCAGAGCGAGUCGCCAAGACUGGAGUAGGGGGCCAGCUUCUAACAGAAGCCAAGUAUAUCAACUUGUCACUGCAUUACUUAGAACAGGUUAUCAUUGCCCUUUCAGAAAAACACCGUUCACACAUUCCUUAUAGGAACUCCAUGAUGACCAGUGUCUUAAGAGACAGUUUGGGAGGGAACUGCAUGACGACUAUGAUUGCAACACUCUCAUUGGAGAAAAGGAAUAUUGACGAGUCUAUAUCUACCUGUAGAUUUGCACAACGAGUGGCGCUAAUAAAGAAUGAAGCUAUUCUCAAUGAAGAAAUCGAUCCCAGAUUGAUGAUUAUCCGUCUACAGAAGGAAAUCCAGGAGCUGAAGGAUGAACUGGCCAUUGUCACCGGGGAGCAGAGGACUGAGGCACUCACAGAAGCAGAGCUCCUUCAGCUGGAAAAGUUAAUAACAUCCUUUUUAGAAGACCAGGAUCCAGAGAGUAGACUAGAGGUUGGCGCCGAUAUGCGUAAAAUUCAUCACUGUUUUCAUCAUUUAAAGAAACUAUUGAAUGACAAGAAGAUCCUUGGAAAUGAUACGGUCUCCUCUGAAAGCAAAGAUCAAGACUGCCAAGAACCAUUAAAAGAGGAAGAGUAUAAAAAGCUACGAGAUAUUCUAAAGCAGAGAGACAAUGAAAUCAAUAUUCUGGUCAACAUGCUAAAAAAGGAAAAGAAGAAAGCUCAGGAUGCUCUCCACUUAUCCAGCAUGGAUAGAAGUGAAUUCAGACACUCCCAGAACUCACCCUUCCCACCUGGGAACCCAGAAGAAGGUCAGAGACUGUUGCUGUCCUCAGCUCCCACACAAGCCCAGGACUUCAGCACAUCGGGGUGCAGAUCCAGCUUGCUCUACAGAAAAACAGGAAUGACAGAGGAAAUGUCACUAGGACGCCAGGAGGCUUUUGAAAUCUUCAAGAGGGACCAUGCUGACAGCGUUACCAUCGAUGACAACAAGCAGAUUCUGAAACAGAGGUUUUCUGAAGCAAAAGCCCUGGGAGAAAGCAUAAAUGAAGCAAGACGUACAAUUGGUCACCUGAAGGAGGAGAUCACCCAGCGGCACAUCCAGCAAGUCGCCCUAGGGAUCUCAGAAAAUACGGCCGUGCCCUCCACGCCAGACCUGCAGGAAGAGAGGCUGCGGUCCCAACUGGAGGAAGAAAAGAGAAGGUAUAAAACCAUGUUCACACGCCUGAAAGCCCUGAAGGUGGAGAUCGAGCACUUGCAGCUGCUCAUGGACAAAGCCAAGGUGAAGCUACAGAAAGAGUUUGAAGCCUGGUGGGCAGAGGAGGCCAGCAACCUGCAGGUAAAAUCUCCAGCAGUGAAUUCACUGGAUCACAUGAAGCCAUUUCCCCAGACAUCGGAAGCCCAGCAUGACCAGUCCCAGAUUCUGUUUAACAAAAGCGGUGUGUAUGCCAGGAAAACCCUGCCCUGCCCCUGCCCCAACCCACGCAGCCAGGAACAGAGUCGCAUCAGCACCCCCCUGGGAAACAGCAUCCCCGAGAGGCCGAUGUCCUCCGUCCCUCUCACCGGUGACAGCCAGACGGACUCCGACAUCCUGGCAUUCAUCAAGGCCAGACAGAGCAUUCUGCAGAAGAAAUAAAUCUCGCCCCCGCUACUGGAGUGUGGUUCUUGCCAGUGAGCUGUGGAUGUGAGCACCACUUGAAGACCCAGGCCUGGGGACGCUGUAACAAUCACAGAGG